AUUUAUUAUAUUUUACGGCAGUCGUAGAGUUUUACUGGAGAUAUUAUAUAUAUUCAUUGAAAAAAUGCGUGAAAUAGUGCAUAUUCAAGUGGGUCAGUGUGGAAAUCAGAUAGGAUCAAAGUUUUGGGAAAUGAUUUCCACCGAACAUGGCAUACAACCUGAUGGGAGUUAUGCUGGAGUCGAUGAUCUACAGUUAGAAAGAAUUGAUGUGUAUUUUAAAGAAGCAUCGAAUUAUAAUUAUGUCCCUAGAGCAGUAUUGGUGGAUCUAGAACCAGGUACUAUGGACGCUGUUAGAGCAAGUAAAUAUGGUUACUUAUUUAACCCAGACAAUUUUAUAUUCGGUCAAAGUGGAGCUGGUAAUAAUUGGGCUAAGGGUCAUUACACCGAAGGUGCUGAAAUUCUCGAUAGUGUAUUGGAGGUAAUGCGAAAACAAGUUGAAAGUUGUGACUGCUUUCAAGGUUUUCAAUUGACUCACUCGUUAGGUGGUGGCACUGGGUCUGGCCUAGGAACACUAUUGGCCACGAAAAUAGUCGAGGAAUAUCCUGAUAGGAUUUUAUCCACGUUUAGUGUUGUCCCCUCGCCAAAGGUUUCUGAAGUGAUCGUAGAGCCGUACAAUGCAACUUUAGCUAUACAACAACUCAUUGAAAACAGCGACCAGACUUACUGCAUAGACAACGAGGCCCUUUAUGAUAUUUGUUUUACAACAUUAAAGUUAAAGAUGCCUACUUAUAACGACCUUAACCAUAUAAUUUCUUUAGUAAUGUCCGGCGUAACUACUUGUUUCCGAUUUCCUGGUCAAUUAAAUGCGGAUUUAAGAAAACUGGCUGUAAACAUGGUUCCAUUUCCGCGGCUGCACUUCUUUGUACCAGGAUACGCACCUUUAACAGCCAAAGGAAACGUCGCUUACCGAAAACUGAGCGUGCAGGAUUUAACGAAGCAAAUGUUUGAUCCCAGAAAUAUGAUGGCAGCUUGUGACCCGACUCAUGGACGAUAUCUUACUGUGGCGACGAUAUUCCGAGGAAAUAUAUCGAUGAAAGAAUUAGAUGAAACGAUGUACGAAAUGCAAAAUAGAAAUAACAGUUACUUUGUGGAAUGGAUUCCUAACAACGUAAAAACUGCGGUUUGUAAUAUUCCAUCACCUUUUUCUUCCAUGUCUUCAACAUUCAUAGCUAACACGACAGCAGUGCAGGAACUUUUUGUUAGAAUAAACGAACAGUUUACUGCAAUGUACAGACGAAAAGCCUUCUUACAUUGGUAUCUCGGUGAAGGUAUGGAUGAACAAGAGUUUGAAGAAGCUAAUAGUAAUGUGAAGGAUUUGAUUAGUGAAUACCAACAGUAUGAAUCUGCAACAGCCGAGGAUUACAAUGAAUAUGAUGAGGAAGUGGAAUAGAAUAUUUAAGGUACUACAUGGACUGAAUUUUUUCCUUUUUCUGUUAUUAAUAUGACAUAAAAUAUGAAAACCGGCAAUUAAAGUGUUUUUAAUAUAUUUUUUUUUUCUGUA